AUGACGCAAACCCAGAAUCCCUCCACUAUCUCUGCGCCAACUGGAAGACAUAUCCCCAUUACCAAGAUAUCCGCUAGGAAUCUGAGGUCAUUACAGAUCGGCGAAAGGGGGAUGAUGGGUGCGUUCCUCAGACAAAAGCCAGAAGAGGAAGGAGUUGUAGUGUUUUCGAGAACGCAAUCACUGGGGCCACAAAUGGGGCAUAACUCAGCCUAUAGAAGCAGUACGAAAACAGGAGAUGGUUUUGUCGAAAUUUUCUAUAAGCAUAUGCGCGUAUACGUGUUUAUGGGGCGCUACAUACAUUAUACACAUGACGUAACUACAUGUAUGGUAGUCCGGGCUAAAUCGCUCCCGUACACGUGCAAAUAG